CUUUUCGUAUUGGCUGCAGAUACUUCCUCCGACUUAUCACAGUUUAAAUAAUUUGUUGUAUUCUCGGUACACACCAGAUGUGCUUCAAAAACUACAACAAUGGACGCGUCGCAACUUUCCAAUAAAUGACUUUGUGUUGCGAAGCGUGCCGCCAGUGGCGUAACGAGGGUUUCUCAGCGGGGGGCACUGGUUUCUGUAUCACGACGUUUCGUUGUUGUCAGGAAGUAAGUUUGAUAACUUUUCUCGCAAUUAUUGUCCGUUUAAUGUAUGACGAAAUAGUGGCGCCAAAACUGCCGACCCGCCAACUUUAAUUGUGCACGUGCACGCCCAUGGAAUUCACCCCACAUGACGCGAGACAUAUGCAGCUGUUUGAUAAGUGCGUCCCCCAUGCUGCCGUUACGCCGCCAGCUCUUUAACAACCACCAGGCGACCAGUCGUCACCGGGCCGUGCCCUAAACGACAACAAAUGACGGUUAAAACUCGGCUCCAAAAUGGCAACUCGCACCGUCCACAAGAACUACUACUCGAACCCCGCCUUCAGCCAGCAGAGCGAGUUCUACAACGGCAAGCCGCUGUCGCAGAUCGUCCAGAACGUGCGCCAGUCCCCCGUGGGGGCCCAGAGCCACUACCAUGAAGAGUGCUACGACGAGCAGGAGUUCUACGAAGAAAUGCUGGUGGACGACUGCGGCGUCGUCAAGGAGAAGAAGGUCCUGGUGGUGUCCUCACCGGGCGAGGAGCGCAUCGAGGCGAAAACUAAACCCCGCUACGAGUACAUUCCCAUGCAGGAGAACUGCCGGUACGUGAACCCGCCCAAGGUCCAGGUGCACCGGUACGCCGUGGUGGAGACGACGAACAACGAGGACCUGGGGCCGCGGCGGCACCGGUACGAGUACAUCCCCGAGGAGGCGUCGCCGCAGAAAACCGUUACUAGAAGCCGGUACGAGUACAUUCACAGCGAGCCCCCCAGCCCCCGGCGCCACGCCAACCCCGCCGCCACCCAGAAACUCCACGAGCUCCUCUCCACCCCGAAGAAGUCGCCGCGACUCCCCCAAAACGGGCGAAUUUGGUCACCGCAGGCCCAGAGACGGUUGCCGUCGCCCCCUCACCGAGACCCCUUCUUGACGCCGCCAAAGCCCGCUCCCAAGUUCCGCCAGAAGCUCAACUACGCCCUGGGGGCGCAGCAGAUGGUGCACCAGGACAAGAGGCACACGGCGAUCGUGGCCCCCAUGUGCUCCAGCCCCACUCAGAGCGUCUACAGUGAUACCACUUUCGCUAAAAGCGAGCCGUGGAUGAACAUAGGGCCCAAGAAACCCACUCAGGUUACGCUGGCGGUGGCGGCGGUGAUGAUGAUGUUGUGCGGCGGGGUCACGUCCGGGUUGUGUUUUUACAUGGUGUCUAUAAUGGGGCGGUUGUAUUUUCUGGAUUUUGGGAUCAUAGCGGGGUUUACGUGUCUGGUUUUGGGGCUUUUGGGGUUCAGGACGAGGAAUUGCUACUGGUUGCCUAACAGGAAUUACAUAUCAGGGUAUAUUCUUUUGAGUGUUUUUAGUCUUUUGAUGUGCGCGGGGUUGUUGGUACUGUUGGUACUGCAACCCAAGCCAGGUACUCCGCUUGCGGACAUGACUUCUGGGGCUGUGUGCGGGAUUUCCGUUUUGUCGCUGGUGCUGGCUUCCGUGGGGGUGUUGACGAGUUAUUGUUGUAAGUACCCACCACCGGAUAACAGGGUGGAGCACAGCGUGCCCGGAUUUACGGUUUAGAAACUUUUAUCUUAUAGCUGGACUUUGAUAAAAGUAUAUAUUUAUAAAUUGUGACUGACGAUGUAAAUAUUGUAUUACUGUAAGUACUUAAGUAUUGUUGGUAUUUAUUUAACAGAUGUCUUUAUGAUUUUGUGUUUCUUACGAGGUUGCUUAGUAAUUUUAGAUUAUGUACAAAACAGGACCAAAUGCUUCUAGUUUAUCGAUUAUUGGCUGUAAAUAGGUUUAUUAUUUAUUGUACUAAAUAUUGUAGUUAUUUGUAUAGUUACUGUUUUUCUUAAAUAAACGGUUUUAUGGAUGAAAUAAAAAAACUA